UCUCUCAAACAGAUGACAUUUAUGGCGUUUUUCAUGAUCACCAUCCACUUUGCUUUACAACUCUUCCUCAUACUCCCUCUCUCCCAUCUCUCUUCCGCAACAAGAACAAUCGACGAUCUCCCUCCGGCGAAUGAAACCUCAAAUAUCCUCCGUUACCACAACGGUCCUCUCCUCACCGGCCGAAUCUCAAUCAAUCUAAUAUGGUACGGCCGUUUCAAAGCUCCCCAAAGAGCCACAAUCUCCGAUUUCAUCACCUCCCUCUCCUCAUCCUCAUUCGCCGCCCAAAAACAACCCUCCGUCGCCUCUUGGUGGAACACAACCAACAUAUACUACCAUUACGCCGCCGCCGCCGCCGGAAAAAUGAAAAAAUCAACCGCCUCCGCCGGUCUAUCUCUCAAGCUAGGAAGGCAAAUACUCGAUGAAGAUUACACCUUGGGAAAAACCCUAACCCAGGACCAGAUAAUCCAACUGGCAUCAACCGGCGGUAACAGAAACGCCGUCAGCAUUGUACUGACGUCAGAUGAUGUCGUCGUUAAUGGGUUCUGUCGGAGUAGGUGUGGGACCCACGGAUCUUACCAAACUAAAAAAGGAAAGUUUACUUAUGUUUGGGUGGGGAAUCCGGCUGAGCAAUGUCCGGGUUAUUGUGCUUGGCCGUUUCAUCAACCCGUUUACGGCCCGCAAAGCCCGGCACUUGUGGCACCGAACAAUGAUGUCGGUUUAGACGGAAUGGUUUUAAACUUAGCCGGGCUUUUUGCAGGGACAGUUACUAACCCUUUUGGGAAUGGUUAUUAUCAGGGUAUUACGGACGCUCCUCUAGAAGCAGCGUCCGUAUGUACUGGAAUUUACGCGAAGAACGCGUAUCCUGGUUAUCCUGGAGACUUACUUGUGGACACUAUUACUGGAGCUAGUUAUAAUGCGAAUGGUGUUAAUGGUAGGAAGUAUUUGGUUCCUACAUUGUAUGAUCCAGUGACCUCGUCUUGCGCCACUUUGGUUUAAGAGUUUUGAUAUGAGCGGGAUAAUGUGUGUAGAAUAAGUGGUAAUGUUUAAAUUUUUCAUUCAUUUUCUUUUUAAGAUUUCUAAUGUAUGGUGGAAAUAAUGUAUCAUGUAUAUACUAUGAAAAUAAAGUUGGAGCUAAU